UAGUUCCAUCUCCAAUCGAAAGUGAAAAGAAACGGAAUACAUUUAUUUAUUCCGCAACACUUGAGUUAAAUUUAAAUAUAUUUAGAGAUAAAAUCCGACAAAAAAAAUCCAAUAUGUGUGGCGGGUUCACAUGCUCCAAAAAUGCGUUGAUUGCGCUCAACAUUUUGUAUGUGAUGAUUGGAUUCUUGCUGAUUGGCGUCGGUGUGUAUGCCCGGGCCGCCUCCAUUGUCACCAACCUGCCGAUUGUGGGCGGAAUCCUGGCCUGCGGCGUCAUCCUCAUCUGCAUCUCCAUGCUGGGCUUGGCGGGCGCCGUGAAGCACCAUCAAGUGAUGCUCUUCUUCUACAUGAUCAUUUUGUUCAUGCUGUUCUUGAUUCAGUUCUCCAUUGCAAGCUCCUGCCUGGCCGUCAACUCCGAGCAACAACAACAGUUCGCCGAGCAGGGAUGGAUGACGGUGCCCACCGAGUUGCGUCAACAGGUGCAAGAUAGCAUGUUGUGCUGCGGAUUCAACGCCACAGGACCCAGCCCGAAAUCCCCCCUUACGCCAGCAGAAGAGCCCACUUGUGACAUUAUACAGCGGAAGUGCUGUGCCACAAGCAGCGAUCCGAACUGCCACUGCCCACCAUGUGGUCCGUUGCUACAGGAUAAGAUCGACUACGCUUUCAAGCUGUGUGGCGGACUAGGCAUUUUCUUCAGCUUCACCGAGGUCUUGGCCGUUUUUCUGGCACGUCGCUAUCGCAAUCAACACGAUCCCUUCUAUCUGCCCGCCCGCGCUGUGUUUCCACAUGAUUAUUUAUACUGAAAGGGAUAAAAAAAACGGGAUUAAAGUAACCAUCUGGAUGUGAACAUUGUUAGUCAAAGGGACGAAGGCUGAAUUCUUAUUUUUUAAACAAAAGUUUCCUAGCGAGAACAAGAGAUUGCUCUAAAGGAGGAAAAGAAUGCGAAUAUGGAGGAGUUAAAGAAAUAUUACUGCAGCUAUUUUAAAAUAAUUUUAUUGUAUAGUUAUGUCUUCUUUUAUUGCACAAAGAUAGAGAGGACUUCUACUGUCUAGAGUCCCCAAUGAGAUUAUGUUUAGCUUUAAUUAUUCUUUAAGUUGUAAUGUUUUUUGAACACCUACAUAAGUUAGCUCUUAAUGCCUUUCUUUGCAACUCGCAACAAUCAUGAAUGACUCGACGCGACUCGACAUCAAACUACUGUACCACAACUACUGACUAACAUUUCAACAACCUGAUCUUAAAGUAGAACUAACAACCAAGUCAACAUUUGUAACUAGCAACGUAAUAAGUAUACAUCAACCUAUAUACAAAACGUAAUUGAAAUAUUGGCGGCAACGACCGCCGUAUAAACAAUACUCUAAAUGUUAGUUGUUUGUUAAACUUUAAACUAGCGAGAAAAACACAUAAAAGAACAAAAAAAAAAGAAAGAGUAAUCCCACUAAAGAUACAUGUCAACAAUUAUACAAGUCUAUAUAGAUAAAGUCUACCACAUAAGCCAACUGCUUCGUCUAUAUUUUCACUCCUUCCGCACUUGCUCGACUUUCUCUGCAGCUUUUCCUUCUCGACUUGCACCCACGCAACAGCCAACAAGAACAAAAACACAUCACACCCGCCACGCUCUUUCCUCUUACACAUCACACUCACAUGGAAAUAGUUUUCCUGCAGUUUCGUUUCCUGUUUCCUUUCGAGCGACAAAACCAUUAGAUAAUAUUCUCUGUACUCUGUGCUGUGAUUGAAGUAAAUAUGAUCUUUAAAACAAAA